AACUAUAAAAUUGACACAAGAGGUCAAGGAAGAACUAAAUUAGCAAUGCUAUAUGAACCCAUAACAAUAGUAACAUAGCAUAUUGAUGUCCACAUAAGAUUGACCUAUGUCAAAGCUUGAAUCUACCAUCCGGUGUCCCGUUCGCAGCUCUAUAAACUCCCCCCACGCCGGCCAUUUCACCCUUUCAAAAAAAAAAAACCGAGUGGGAGCUGACUAUCCUUGAGCUCAACAUCGAUCUAUUGCAUCCUUUCAGACAAAAUCUACAGUGAAGUAAGAGCUGUCCAGAAAGGGAUUGAAUUAGAAUGGAAAAGAUAGUGAUAGUGGUGGAAGACGUGGAGAUUGCGAGAACUGCUCUGCAGUGGGCACUUCACAACAUCCUUCGUUAUGGAGAUGUGGUUAUACUUCUACAUGUUUAUCCCACAGCUCCAAGAUCCAGAAACAAGAAAAAGCUUAGACGACUCCGCCUCAAAGGCUUCCAUUUAGCUCUCUCCUUCAAAGACAUCUGCAACUCUUUUCCCAACACGAAGACUGAGAUUAUUGUGACGGAAGGUGACCACGAGGGCCGACGGGUAGCGGCGGUCGUGAGAGAGAUCGGCGCCUCCACACUUGUGUUGGGACUUCAUGAUCGUAGCUUUCUCUACAGGUUGAUAACGCCCCAAAACAAUAUCACCAGGAAUUUGAAUUGUAAGGUUCUUGCAGUGAAGGAUUCAACAACUCUGACAUCCAGAACUAUUUCAAUCCAAGGUUGCUCUAACAAGAUGGGUUUCUCACAAAUUGAUAUAUCUACACUUAGUGUGCCAGAAGUUCCUGUAAGAAAAAUCCCAUACCAAAUUUGUCCAGACCCGACUGCUAUAAUUUGGAGACCGACGCUGUCAAGAACAGGCCGGAGGAGUUCAUGAUGACAUGUUUAGCUUCUUAUCAAAGAAAAAUUCAACAGAAAUGUUUUAUCAUUUGACUGAUGUAUAGUACCUUAAAAAUGAUUUAGUCAAUAAUUGUAAGAACAAUUAUAUAGACACAAUUGAAAUUGAAUUGAUAGGGUAUUGUAUCUCUCUCCUUUGGUCUGUGGUCUUCUAAUGUAAGAACUUGUGCUGUUCAUUUUAUGGCUCUUAUCAGUUCUGGAA